GGCAAAAACUAAGAAUCAUAAAAUUUAAAAUAAUAAAUAAUCUGCUCCACUUUCCUUUCUUCUACCCGCGCUAAACAAAAAGCAGAAGUUAUUGCAGAGCUCAGGACCCUUUGAUUUUCCCAUUCCUUCUUCCUCUUAUAAUCCUCCUCAUGUUUCUUUAGGUUGCUGGAUCUUUGAAUGAUGGGUAUGCUCGUUUUGAUUGUGGUGUUUAUCUUUGAUCUCGUUGCUUUUGCACUUGCUGUUGCUGCAGAGCAAAGAAGAACCACUGCCACGGUCGUUCAAUCAGGCACUUCUAAAUUCUGUGCCUAUGAUUCUGAUGUUGCAACUGGAUUAGGUGUGGGUUCACUUCUGAUCCUAUUUGCUAGCCAAGUGAUUGUAAUGGUGGCAAGUCGAUGCUUAUGCUGUGGGAGAGGGUUGCGGCCCGGCGGUUCGAGGGCUUGGGCAAUUACUCUUUUCAUCACUUGCUGGAUAUGUUUUGCCAUUGCUGAGAUCUGUCUUCUGGCCGCUUCAGUGCGAAAUGCCUAUCAUACCAAAUACGUGAGUUCGCUGAUGAACGAGCAAAUUUCAUGCAAGAUGUUGAGGAGGGGAGUGUUCGGGGCCGGGGCUGCUUUUAUUGUCUUCACAUGUGCAGCAUCAGAGCUCUUCUAUGUUAGCUUUUCCAAGGCUCAUAUCCAGACUUCCUCCUUUGCCAAAGACACUGGCAUUAGAAUGGCAAGCUUAUAGAAGGCGAGGAGCUACUUUAUCAGAAUUGGGGUUUAUAGGAUUUUGUCAAACAUGUGUGGUUUUGUUGAUGUGAAAAAUGAACUGGGAGUAACAUUACAAUGUUGAAUAUACGGAUAUGAUUUGAUAGUUUUGUGAAGAUUUCAUAUUGUGGUUUGUGGUAUACUGCUGUGUCAAUGACUAUGUUCCUUUAGUUUAACUAAA